CAUAGCAUUCAGAUGUCAGAAACCUCGGCAACUCCAGAGAUGUUGUGAAGAUACGCCGCCUUCGGGAGAUCAAUUUUAAGAUAAAAAUAAGACAGUUUGAUCACGUAUUUGAUCGUUUUUAGGAGGGGGACGGGAAUUUCCGUGUUUUAUCUCCCCGUCAAACUCUAAGCUUCCUAAACCAGAGCAAGAAGGAAGAAAAAAAAAGGCGGUGAUGAGUUCUUGUACGUAAGACAUCUCAAGGGCAGAUUGACCAAGAAAUACACUGAAUGUCCUCCAUUAGACUAUCCUCACCAUGAAGAUUAAUGAGAAAAACCUAUGUGCAUAUAGCAUCUCUCCAACACAGAUAGACAAGGAGGGGUACUUAUUGAAAAAGGGAGAGGUCAACAAGAGCUUCCAGAGAAGAUGGUUUGUUCUGAAAGGGAACCUCCUAUUCUACUUUGAGAAGAAAGGAGAUCGAGAACCCAUUGGGGUCAUCAUCCUCGAAGGUUGCACAAUAGAGUUAGCAGAAUGCGAGGAUCAGUUUACCUUCAAGCUGCUCUUCCAUGGUGGAGGUGGGAGGACCUAUGUCCUGGUGGCCGAUUCUCAGGAGUCGCUCGAGGAGUGGAUGAAGGCUCUGGCGCGGGCGUCCUAUGACUACUUGAAGCUCAUGGUCAAUGAACUCCAGAAACAGCUGGAUGAACUUAAUGGAAUGAGGUAACUAGGUGAGGUCUGA